UAGGGUUAGUCACGUGGAUGCGUGUGGGCGUGCCCAGGGUGCCUGGCCACCUGUCAGUCAGCGGUCAGGGUUCCCGCCCCACGGACGGUGGCUGUUGCUCAUUUUCCACUUAAUUCAAAGUCAAGUGCAGUUUAAACCGAGCGGAGCCGAGCCACCGAGGAACUAGUGGAACCGAACCAGUGUCGAAUUUGAAGGAGCCGGUGACGUCCUGUCAGAAGGAGAUAAACGUGCCAUGUUUUUCUAACGUUAGUGGGCUCGUUGGAUGAAACACCUGCAGUCGACUGACCUCUGCAAAGCAGAAUGAAUGGAUACGAAGCUCCGGCUCUGGCCUCCGGGAUCUUUGGCUCGUACAACUCCCACAUCAAUGGCCACGGCUCUCAUUCUCCUGAGCCUCCUAAAAAUAAAGCCAAGUCUGGUGCCAAAGCUCUUUAUGGAUCUGAUGACAUUUAUUUCCUCCGCUCCUCAUCCAAACACGCAAAGAAAAGUCAAAAACAAAGAAAACAUUACACAAAAACCAGCAUCAACAGCCUGACGGACACGUCACAGUACCACGUGGAGCAUCUCACCACGUUUGUGUUGGACCGUAAGGACGGGUUGAUCACCGUGGACGAUGGCAUCAGGCGCCUGCGUCUGCUGGAUGCUAAAGGGAAGGUGUGGACUCAGGAGAUGCUGCUGCAGGUGGAGGAGAAAAGUGUCACCCUCAUCGAUCAGGAGACCAAAAACGACUUGGAGAACUUCCCCAUCGGGAUCAUUCAGCACUGUCAGGCAGUGAUGAAUGCCUGCAACUAUGACUCCAUCCUAGCUCUGGUGUGUAAGGAGUCGGGUCAGACCAAACCGGACCUCCACCUCUUCCAGUGUGACCACAUCAAGGCGAGUCUGAUUCACGCAGACAUAGAAAGUGCCAUGAUUGAUGCCAAAGGAGGCAAAGUGAAGAAAAGACCAGAGGCGCUGAAGAUGAUCCUGAAGAGUGAUGGGGCCAUCCCUCCUCCCCCUGCCGCUCCUGCCCCCGAGCCCCCAGCACCGUCAGGUCAGGUGGACGUGAAGAGCCGGGUGGCUGCCUGGUCGGCCUGGACCAACGAACAGCAGGACUAUGAGAAGCAGGGACUGACGUCGGAAGAGGAGGGGCCUGUGGAGAUGACAGCAGCCAGAGUGGAUCGAGACGUGCAAAUCCUGAACCACAUCCUGGACGACAUUGAGUUUUUUGUCACCAAACUUCAGAAGGCUGCAGAAGCUUUUAACGAGCUCUCCAAAAGGAAGAAGACCAAGAAGGGCAAGAAGAAAGGGCCGGGAGAGGGCGUCCUGACGCUGCGCUCCAAACCUCCCGGGGAGGAGGACUUUGUGGACUGUCUGCAGAAGUUCAAACACGCCUUCAACCAGCUGGGCAAACUGAAGGACCUCAUCCAGAACCCCAGCGCCGUGGAUCUGGUUCACUUCCUUUUCUCUCCACUCCGGAUGGUGAUCCAGGCGUCGGGCAGCGUAGACCUGGCCCGCAGCGUUGUGGUUCCUCUGCUGAGCAGGGAGGCCAUCGACUUCCUCCACGCCUCAGGGACGGCUGAGGAGAGACACCUGUGGGUGACUCUGGGGGACGGCUGGACCAAGUGCAGGUUGGAGUGGCCCAAGGACCACUACUUUCCUCCCUGUGUCCUGAGGUUCCGUGAUGGCUGGGAGCCGCCUGCGUUGGCGGCGCCAACCCUGAGUCGGGACCAGGAGCUGACCCAGCUGGCUGAGACCCUGGCCCAUGCUGACAUUCAGAGACAAGAGGAGUUAAAGAUCUUCCCUCCGGCUGAUGGGUACGCUCUCACCAACACCGACUACAAACGCAUGCAGAUCCUGGAUCAGGACUCGGCCGUGGCAGCAUUUAAACAGGCCGUCAGCUGCCGUGUAGACCGAAGCUUUGAUGUCGACGGCAGAGGCCAAACUAAACUGUUUGCCAAAUCUAAAUAUGACUUUGUGGCGAGAAACAACACAGAGCUGUCAGUUGUCAAAGACGAAGUGGUGGAGGUGCUCGACGACAGGAAGCAGUGGUGGAAGGUCAGGAACGGUUCUGGGGCAUCCGGCUACGUGCCCAACAACAUCCUGGACAGCACCAAAGCCGUGGACAUCACAGGCCGAGGAGAGCCCAUCUACAGCCACACUAUCCAGCUCAUGAUGCCAAAGCGGGAGUUUGAGUUGUUUAAGCAACUACUUGGAGAGUUGAAUGAGAAGCAGACCACCAGGACCGACUACGUGCCCAGUAAACCUGUGGUAACGCAGAUGCCUCCAGCCCCGACGCCGCCUCCGGGCCCCACCGGACUCCCCACGCCGCCGCUGCCUCCUCCUGCUGCAGAACCUGCCAAAGCCUGUCAACCUGUCAGCCGCCAAAACAGCACCACGUCCAGCGACAACGGCAGUCAGAGGCCGGCAGUAGUCAACCGCAGGAAAUCAAACAUGGAGGAGGUUCAGGAUGAGCUGAUGCACAGACUGACUCUGGGCCGCAGCGCCCAGAAGAAGCUCCCAGCUCCUCCUCGCAGCAACAGCAGCCUGCUGUCCAUCAGCAUCACCUACGAUUCGGCCCCUGAUGAGGUCAAAGCCUGGCUGGAGGCCAAGGGCUUCAGCCCCGUCACCAUCACCAGCCUCGGCGUGCUGACUGGAGCUCAGCUCUUUUCCCUCAACAAGGAGGAGCUGAAGACGGUUUGUCCAGAUGACGGCGCUCGAGUCUACAGCCAGGUGACGGUGCAGAAGGCGGCGCUCGAGGUCUUCUUCUGACGCUCCUUUGAUCUUCUGUUACCACGUUCGUUAAGAAGAGUUCAGGCUCUGAGCUGCAGGAGAUCAUGAGGCGGCGGCAGGAGAAACUGGCAGCCAGCACCUGUGACUCAGGGGUGGAGUCUUUUGAUGAGGGCAGCACCCACUGAGUUCCAUGUGGCUUCCCCUGUGCUUCUCUCUUCGCUGUCUUUGCUUUCCCCGCUGUUUCCUCGCACUCAGGCGGCGGCCGACCGGGCCCAGUUCGUGGAGAUCAUGCGGCGCAGGCAGGAACUCCUCAGCUCGUCCCCAUAACCAUAACUACAAGCGGCACCGAGCAUUCUGCCACGAUUGCCUGACGUUCGCCUGAACACUUUGGGACUGGGUGUUACUCUGUGACAUUGUCUUUGUAGAUGUGAAGAAAAGCUGCUCAGUAGCUCGUGCUCCAAAGCCUCUCAGUAUUAGAGCAGCUGCUAGUUCCGGUGCAGUCUGUGCUCAUGUCUGGAAACCCCUGCAGCACACACCACAACAUCUAAAGUCAGAUUCCAGCUGUGAUCCGUUGUUUUCCUUGGUGAGCGAAGGCAGUUGUGGUCCAGAUGACACUUCAAACCUGAAGCGCCUCAGCUGCUGUAUGAAAACCCUGAAUAACAUGAAUAGACUCGUAACGUUCUGUGGAUGUUCUGUAGCACUUUGAUGCUGUCACGCUGCCAUGAACCCUUUCAGAACCCGCAAACCGGGCCAUUGUACAGAUACAUAAGGUGAACGUCCACAAUGUUAUUGUAGAAAAAAAUUAAGGAAGGUAAUUUAUAAUAAAUGUAAAUGUCAGCUUUGGCCAAGAGAUUAAUCUAAUCUUAUCAGGAUGUAACAUUUUUAUUCAUGGAUGCACACAAAUGUUAUGUUUAUACAUAUUUCAACAUCGUGCUCAGAGUUGGACUGAAACCAUCGGAUUUAUUCUGGCUCAUUGGAACCGAGUGAUGACUGUGGAGCUGUGUUCUGACCCAAACCUGUUCCAGUACAGCUUUAUUCAACCACAACAACCUGUCAGUGCAUCUGCUCCCACCUCCUCCUGGUUUGCUGUAACAGUCGUCUGGUCCUGGAAGGCCUUCUAAGGGAUGAACGGUGGCAGCAGCUGAUUGAGGAACAUGAAUGUAAUGUGAGCUUUAGCGCUUCAGGCCGCGUGUUAGUUCGUGCUGGACACGAACUCAACCAAUCAAUGAAGAAAAGGCUGAAACACUCACAAACCGGAUCAAAGGCCUGCUCUGUCCUACGUGGGAAACCUGCCACUGACCCAGGAUCUGGUUUUGCCACUAAUAAACUGUUUCUCAGUUGAUUCCAAUCAUUUAAAGAUGAGCCUGAAGCUGAUUAGUCUGUGAUCACAGUAAUGUUACUGUAAGUAGGUAGUGAACUAUACACGAGUAGAAGCCAAUUAAAGAAAUGUUAGACAUUUACUGUCUGCACGCAUUUAUACAUGUGAAGAGUUCAUGGUGCCUUCUCCAUAUAAACUGCUUUUUCUGCAAUAAAACAUUUACAUUAUUA